GAUCGCGACAUUUUGUUGUGUAUUCCUACAUGAAAUUCCUCCACACCAAGUUCAUCGUGCACUUGCCUCUGCCGAUCACUUCAUUUCCUGCAAGGGUGCUUUCGGACUGGAUUCGCUUUCACACUCUAAUCUGUUUGUGUGUUUGUUUGUUUUUCCAUCUCUUUAUAUCGUCAUCACGGAGUGUUUCUGCAGAUCUGAGUUUUUGUUUUCAUUUCUGAAACUAUGACACGGACGGAAUCUGCUCAUCACAUAAUGCACCGUUUUAAAGCAAUGUAAACAGUGCAGGAUACAAACAUGGAUGGAUCAACAAACAGCCUGGAUGAUGUUUCAGCUGGAAGCAGUGCAGAAUAUCCGGACAGGCUUUCUCUUUUGGAGGUGCGGCUACAGGCCCAAGAAGAUGAGAUCACACUGCUGAAGUCCUCAUUGGCUGACGCACUUCGUAAGCUCCGCCUGCAUGACCAGCAGAUACCGUUGCUUAAGCAGCAGCUAAUUGCUGUGAACCCUGCUGCAGCUCGGGUGUUGAAUCAGCCUUUUUGCAUUGAUGGAUUCUCCAAACCAUGCAGGCUUUCUUCCAGUUCUUUGGAUGGACUGCACCACACACCCAACAGCCAUGUCCCAAUCUCAGCUGAAAAUGGGGAGGGUGCUAAAGCCUACUCCAUUCCCAGCCUGAAAACAGGCACUGUUGAAAGGGCCACACAAACUGAACCCUGGAGCUCUAACCCUGAACGGACACAUUUGGCCCUUACCAGGACCACCAAGACUCUUUCUCUAGAGGACGCACUUCCGGAGGGGGUCUCUCUUGUAGACGAGGCCCUGGUAAAGCCUUGUCAAGAGAGCCUGGAGGAAGAUGACAGUGAGGAGAGAGAGAGAGACAAAAGCUGGCUUUCUACAUUAGAGGAGUCCAUCCAGCCCACCACCGUCAGAAGCCUUCAACAACAACAGAGCAAAAGCAGUGAAGACAGCCAGGGCUCAGCCCCUCAGACUCCGACAUCCUGUUCUCCAGCGCCACCUAAAGAGCCUGUUAUCGGUGGCCCGCUUUCCACUAUUCUAGAGGGCGAGAAAAAUCUGGUGCGGAGAAAUAGUGAGAAACUGGGCAGGGAUGCGCAGGACAAAACCAAACAGAGAAUGCCUAAGAAAGCAGCAUCUUCAGCCAACUUACUGACCCGAUCUCCGAGUCUUGAGGGCCGAGCUAAAGAUCUUCUCUCCAGCACAGGAUCACAGGGGACCAGAAGAGGAACACAAGGCCAAUCUAUCAAAAUGUUCAUCCGAGGCCGGCCAAUCACCAUGUACGUUCCCUCCAACAUCCAAAACUAUGAUGAGCUUCGGAUGGAUCUUCCCUCUGAGAGGCUGGAACUGGAUUGGGUCUAUGGAUACAGAGGACGGGACUGUAGAGGGAACCUGUACAUGUUGCCGUCAGGGGAGGCGGUGUAUUUUAUAGCUUGUGUAGUAGUUCUUUAUCAUGUCAGCAAACGAACACAGCGCUAUUACCUUAAACACACGGACUGUGUACGAUGUCUAGCAAUCCAUCCAAACAAGGUGCUUAUAGCGUCUGGACAGACCGCUGGUGUGGAUAAAGAUGGCAAGCCUUUACAGCCAUUUGUGCACAUCUGGGACUCCACUACGCUGUUGACAGUUCAGCAGAUUGGCCUGGGCACAUUCGAGCGAGGUGUUGGAUCUGUGGCCUUUUCAACUGCAGAUGCUGGGACAUUUCUGUGUGUUAUUGAUGACUCCAAUGAACACAUGUUUUCUGUCUGGGACUGGAACAAAAACAGCAAAGUUGCUGAAUUAAAGAGCACUAAUGAGGCCGUGUUUGCUGUGGAGUUCAACCCUUCAGACACUAGCAACAUUAUUACCUGUGGGAAGUCUCACGUUUACUUCUGGACCCUGUGUGCUGGCACUCUGACCAAAAAACAAGGCAUCUUUGGUAAAUAUAAGAAGCCCAAGUUCAUCAUGUGUUUUGUGUUCAGUUUAACGGGGGACGUGUUAACAGGUGAUUCUGAAGGCAAUAUUUUCACAUGGGGCAAAUCAGCAGCCGACAUCAAGACAUUAGGCAAAGGAGCAAAAGAGACAUUUCAGAUCAUGAAGCAGACCCGAGCUCAUGAGGGCAGUGUCUUCACCCUGUGUGUCCUGCAGGGUGGCGGUUUGCUCAGUGGUGGCGGGAAAGACCGCAAAAUCAUUCGUUGGAGUGCGGACUUAGCACCAGAGAGAGAGUGUGAGAUUCCUGAAAAGUUUGGAGCAGUUCGUACUAUUGCAGAUGUGGAUGGUGAGGAGUUGCUAGUUGGAACGACUCGCAACGCAAUACUAAGAGGCACCUUCUCUGAUGGUUUCGUGGCCAUAGUGCAGGGGCAUGUUGAUGAAAUGUGGGGUCUGUCUACACACCCCUCCCAGAACAUCUUUCUCACCUGUGGCAAUGACAAACAAGUAUGUAUGUGGAAUGCUGAAGACCACAGCCUGGGCUGGUGUACUGCACUAGAGGAAUCAGGUCUGUGUGCCGACUUCUGCCCCAAUGGAUCUGUUGUUACUGUUGGACUGAGCACUGGGAGGUGGUUGGUCCUAGACUUGCAGACUCGACAGGUGGUGUUGGAUCUGACUGAUGGAAACGAGCAGCUUUCAGUUAUAAGAUACUCACCAGAUGGAAGCUUUUUGGCUGUUGGUUCCCACGACAACUUCAUUUACAUUUACAGUGUAACGGAGGGGGGUCGGCGCUACACACGCUUUGGAAAGUGCACGGGUCACUCCAGUUUUAUUACACAUCUUGACUGGUCAAAAGAUGGGAAGUACAUCAUGUCCAAUUCCGGAGAUUAUGAAAUUCUUUAUUGGGAUGUAGCUGGAGGCUGUAAGUUGCUGCGAAAUCGUUUUGAGAGUAAAGAUCGUGAAUGGGCGUCCUAUACCUGUGUUUUGGGCUUCCAUGUCAUGGGUGUAUGGCUGGAGGGUUCAGAUGGAACAGACAUCAAUGCUCUGUGUCGUUCUCACAGUGAAAGAUUGGUGGCAGUGGCUGAUGACUUCUGCAAAGUUCACUUGUUCCAGUAUCCAUGCCCUAAACCAAAGGCACCCAGUUACAAGUAUGAAGGCCAUGGCAGUCACGUGACCAACGUACGCUUCACCUACAAUGACAGUCACCUCCUGUCAUUAGGUGGCAAGGACACAUGUAUCCUCCAGUGGCGAACUAGAAGAGGUGGGGCAGCAGACAAUAAAGACCACCCGGCCUCCUCCGUUCCUCCUCUCUCUUCCACUGGCUGUCCUGAACCAAGGAUCCAGUCUGAGAAAGGGAUAGAAUGAACAGUGAGAGAAGGAGAAGAAACAGUGAAAUAAGAACAUUGUGUUGCACAAACUACGUAAAUUUAGCACUGUGCUUGACCAAAUGUUGUGGUCAGUAAUGACACAAUGCCUGGACAAUUACUAUACCGGUUUUAAAUGAUACAUUAUGCAAAUUCAUAAGAGAAACCGACCACAACUUUUGUAAAGAAAAUUUUUUCAUAUGCAUAAUAUUGCAGAUGUUAAUGUAUGUAAGCAUCAUCUCAAAGCUUCCCAUUUAUUCUGUUUUACUCAUUGUAGUAUGUUUACUCAACUAAUGCUUUCUAGAUAUGGCCCUCAGCUGCCUUUUUUAACUGUGUUCUCUUUUGCUACUUACUUACUUAACUCAAGAACAAAAAGUUUUGCAUUCUGUCUGUCAAUACAUAAAACUUGAGAUGAUUGAUGUACUGUUACACUGUACAGGUGAAAAAGUGUUGCCAAAUUCCAGUGCUAUUCCCAAAUUCCAGACCAGACUCCUGCAUUAUUUAUCUUAAAGACACCUGAUCCAACUAACCUGUUAAUUACAAGCUUAAGCAUGUGUGUUAAAACAUGAAAUGUGCCAGACAGUGCAGGACUCCCUUCAGGACUGAGACUGGAAGUAGACUCUUUUAGUCAUUUGCUGGCAUCCCCAUGAAUAUAUAAGCAGAAGUGCCAAAUAAAGGGCAGUGUGGAUAUUGACACAAGGACAGUGUAAAUGCUGAUCUCUCAGUGUUAAUCACCAGUGUUAAUGUCUAUAUUCAGUUUGUACAUUUCAGUUUUUUAUUUGGACUGAUAAGUUCCUGGGGGUCGCACCGGCCUACUGCACUAGCCCACCACCACUAGGAUCUUGAGCUUGAUUGAAUCUAGGCAGGCUUUCGACCUGGUUGUUGUCCAAACAGGCACAGUUGGCUGUGUCUGUGGGUGGGAGGUCGACUGGGCUUUGUUGCAGCUGUAUAAUAACGGUAUCCUUGGAGUUCAUAUCGUGUCUUUCCAUAGGCGCUGCAGCUUUUUUUUAAGACUUCACCAUUUGCAGGUGAAAAGAUGUGCCCAGCCAAUGCGCGGCUGACAGAGGGGUGUGUGAAGAAUUGCAAUAGAGGAAUUGGCUAUAAUUAGAUUGAGGGAAACAUGGGGGAAAUGCAAAAAAUUGACUAAUGAAUUAAAAGGAUUGUAAUUAUUUAUGCCUUAUGUAUGAGGAUAUAUUUCUUUUUACCUAAGAAAUUAUUUUUAUGGCACCAUAUAAUAAAAUGCUAUCUGUUUGAUUUCUGAA